AUGGGUAAAAAUGGUCGCUUUGGAAAAAUGUACGGCAAGGUCGUCGGAGACGGCAAAGAUGACGGGCGACCAGGCUGGAAAGGACCAGCGUUCGUCAAGAAAACAGACCAGAAGCCUAGACCCAAAGCUCAGUCGGCCGGUGGCUCCAAGGAAGAGCUUGAAGAGACGGAACCAAAUGUUUCCGUUCAAUCACAACAACUACUUCUGAAUAUCUUUCGAGAUUCUUUUGUGGAGGUUCUUACCUCUGGGGAUCUUAAACCGCUGUUGCAGGAAGUCAAGACAGCGCUGUUCGAGAGAGAUUUCACGCGCGCGUUCGGGAAAAGUGAGUAUCUCGAGGCGUAUUCGGCGAGAUGGAGCCCCAGUAGGGCGUUGUGUUAUCAGUCUGUUUUGGUUGGUGUUCAAGAGCAUUUGGAUGGAAUCACCACCGAAGUAGCUCCUGGUAAGGAUGCGGAGGCUGCUGAGAAUGCAGAUUCAGUCAAAGCUACUAGACCAUUCUUACCAGCAGUUUGCUUUGGGGGAGGUGCCGCAGAGGUCGUUGCAUUUGGUGGAUACACUCACGACCUUCGAGAUGCAUCUGAACAACAAGAAACUGUCGAUGAGCCAGAAUCGGAGUCUCAAUCUCCAUCAAGUCAAGGACCAACCAUCGAUCUGACCCUUAUCGAUUCAGCCGAUUGGGGUAAUGUUGUUCAAAAGCUUCAUGAUGGCCUGCUUACACCUCCACCCUUAUCCAAGUAUGCAAGUGCCUCAGCUAGAGCUAGCAACAAAUCUCUACUUCAGGCAGGAUCAUUGAACAGCAAGUUCGUUCAAAAUGAUUUACUAGGCAUGACUCUGAAAGAGCUUGAGCCGAUAGUCGGCCGGACACCAAAGCUUCUCACCUUGCUUUUCACUCUAAAUGAGCUAUAUACAUCUUCGAUCAGCAAAACAACAGCAUUCCUUCUCAAUUUAACUAUGGCCACACAAUCUGGAACGUUGUUGCUUGUUGUCGACAGUCCAGGAAGCUACUCGACUACGAGUGUUGGUGCUGAUGCGAAGAAGUAUCCCAUGAAAUUCUUGCUUGACCACACACUACUGGAUACCGAAAAAACAAAAGCAGAAGGAGACGACCGAAGACGAGAAAGCCCAGCAAGUUGGAUCAAAUUGGUUUCCGAAGAUGCAAAAUGGUUCCGUAUCCCAGAAGAACUACGAUAUUCGAUUCCACUGGAGAACAUGCGUUAUCAGAUACAUCUUUACCGACGAUUAUGA